AUGACCAACUCCAGCAGCCUCUUCCACUUCUCGGACGAGUUCAAGGAAUGGGCCAAGCAGGAAGACAUGGUCAACAACCAGAUGAACACUAACUGGAUCCCCGCCUACGUCAUCAUCACCCUGAUCCCCAUCGGCUUCAUCAUCUGCGCCGCCAUGGCGAGUCGCAAGGAGACCAAGAGGCAGGUCAGCGAGAGGCAGGCCAGGGCCGCCCGGAUAGGCGGCAACUGGGACUGA